AUGCACGCCAUUCGGCCCUUCUUCCACAAGGUGGAGCCCACGUCCCCGCAGCCCUCGGUGGACCGUCUGUCCGUCUCGUUCGCCCCGGAGGAGCGCAGCGUCUGCUCGGACUCCUCGGUGCGCGUCAACGUCAUGGCCGCCUCGGGCACCCUCGCCGCCAACGGCUACGGCGACGCCUCGCCCGACAAGGCGGCGGCCUUGGGCGCGGAGGAGGACGACGAGGACUACUCGGUGAGCAUCUCGGCCAUCAUGCAGCGGCGGGCGUCGACGCGGCGCUCCAAGCGCGCCAGCCGCCACCGACGGGGCAGCCACGCGCGCCGGCCGUCGUCGCCGUUCAGCCCGGACGCCGACAGCGCCAGCAUCGGCGCCAGCGGCCACCAGAGCCGCCGCCGGUCGUCCGUGUUCACCACCAGCUCGGCAGACACGGCCGCGUCGGUGGAGGGCUCGGGCGGCGCGGACGGCGGCGUGCUGCCGAGCGCCGCCGUGUCGCAGGAGCAGAUCCUGGAGAACCUGCGCGUGCACAAGGAGGUGCUGAGCGGCGUCAAGAUGCAGCCCUGGGGCAUGCGCCGCAAGCUGCGCCUCGUCCGCCAGGCCAAGACCUACGUCAAGCGCCACGAGGGCCAGCUGCACGAGCGCUUCGCCAACUCGCACAACACCAGGGACAUCAUGGCGCGCUUCAACCUGUGGAUGCUCAAGCGCUGGCAGCGCGGCAAGCGGGAGGUGGCCAACCUGCUCAACAUGCUCAUCCCGUGGGAGCUCCGCAUCAAGGAGAUCGAGUCCCACUUCGGCUCCGUCGUCGCGUCCUACUUCACCUUCCUGCGCUGGCUGUGCUGGGUCAACUUCGUCAUCGUCAUCGUCAUCCUGGCGUUCGUCACCGUUCCGGAGAUCCUGACGGCGGACUCGAAGAGCGGGGGCGAGCGAAAGGAGAUGCUGCCCGAGGAGCGCGCCACGGCCUACAACCUGUACAAGCUGUGGGACUUCGAGGGCCCGCUCAAGUACUCGCCGCUCUUCUACGGCUACUACACGGACGACGACCGGCAGAAGGGCUACCGGCUGCCCUUCGCCUACUUCAUGACCGGCCUGGCCGUCUACGUGUACAGCUUCGUCGCCACCCUCCGCAAGAUGGCGUCCAACUCACGCAUGAGCAAGCUCUCCGAGAAGGAGGACGAGUGCGUGUUCACGUGGAAGCUGUUCGCGGGCUGGGACUACAUGAUCGGCAACGCGGAGACGGCGCACAACCGCGUCGCCUCCACCGUGCUGGGCUUCAAGGAGGCCCUGGUGGAGGAGGCCGAGAAGCAGCGCGAGGAGCGGAAUUGGCGCAUCAUGACGGUGCGCGUGGCCGUCAACUUGCUGGUGCUGGGGCUGCUGGUCUCCUCGGCCUACGCCGUGGUGGAGGUGGUCGCGCGCUCCACGGACGACGAGGCCACCAGGAACUCGGUGUGGCGGCAGAACGAGACCACGGUGGUGGUGACGGUGGUCAACAACCUGUUCCCGCUGCUGUUCGAGCUGCUGGGCAUCCUGGAGCGCUACCACCCACGGAAAACGCUGCGCCUGCAGCUCGCCCGCAUCAUGGCCCUCAACCUCACCAACAUCUACACCCUCAUCUUCUCCAUGUUUAAGAAGAUCAAUAAGAUGAUGUGCUACGUGGCGCGCUGCGAGACCCCCGGCGGCGCGACGGGCGCCACCAGCACCGCGACGACGCCGGGAGCGGGAGCCAGCGGAACCACCCCCGCGGCCGGCGGGAAAGGGGUGCCCGGCGACGGCCAGAAGCGCACGUCCCAGUUCGACCUGGAGACGCGGCGGAGGCUGCACGGCCUCUGCUGGGAGACCAUGUUUGGGCAGGAGAUGGUCAAGAUGACCGUCAUGGACCUGGUGAUGACGGUGGGCGGCACGCUCUUCAUCGACUUCUUCCGCGCCGUCUUCGUGCGCGUCAUGAACAACUGCUGGUGCUGGGACCUGGAGAAGAAGUUCCCGCAGUACGGUGACUUCAAGAUCGCCGAGAAUAUCUUGCACCUGGUCAACAAUCAGGGCAUGGUGUGGAUGGGCAUGUUCUUCUCGCCGGGCCUGCCCCUCAUCAACCUGGUCAAGCUGGCCAUCAUGAUGUACCUGCGGUCCUGGGCCGUGCUCACCUGCAACGUGCCGCACGAGGUGGUGUUCCGCGCGUCGCGCUCCAACAACUUCUACCUGGCGCUGCUGCUCACCAUGCUGUUCCUGUGCGUGCUGCCCGUGGGCUACGCCAUGGUGCGGCUGCGGCCGUCCGUGCACUGCGGGCCCUUCUCGCGCUACCUGCACACCGCCGACAUCUUCACCAACUCACUGCGCAACGCGCUGCCCGCCUUCCUGCACGACGCCCUCAACUACAUGGCCUCGCCCGGCAUCGUCAUCCCGCUGUUGCUGCUGCUCUUCCUCGUCAUCUACUACCUGCUGUCCCUCACCAACUCGCUGCGCGAGGCCAACAACGACCUCAAGAUCCAGCUGCGCCGUGAGCGCACCGAGGAGCGCCGCAAGAUGUUCCAGAUCGUGGACGGGCGGCGCGGCGGCGGCGGCGACCUGGCCGACAAGUGGCGCCGCCUCACGGCCGCCCUGCCCUCCGCGGGCACGCCGGGCACGCCGGACGGCGACGGCAAGGUGCCGGCCAGCGCGGCCGCCGCCAAGCCGGAGACCAACCGGCGGAAAGAGCUCCUGGCCCGGCUGCUGAAGCACGCCCUGCGCAAGUCGUCGGCCACGUCGGACGAGGAGUCCAUGGCGCAGACGCCGACGGACGGCCCCGCGGCGCGCACCCAGGUGGCCGCGCUGGCCGAACAGCCCGACGGCGACGCCACCGACGCCGAGCAGCCUGACUGCCUCCCGGAGGACGACGAGCAGGCCGCCAAGGUGGCCAAGAGGGCGUCCAGGGCGGCGAGGACCAGCAAGGCCCGCUCCAACGGCGGACAGGGUAUUCGAGACGCGGUGCACGCCCUGACGAGCAGCAAGGCGAAGGACCGCGCGCAGCCGCAGCCGGCCGGCCCGCCCGCGGCGGCCCACCACCCCCACCACCACCACCACUACCGCCGCGACCGCCGCGAACGCCGCGAACGCGACUCGCCCUCCGCGUCGUCCAGGAGGGAGCGCGAGGACUCGGUGGCGUCCUCCUGGUCGGACAACAUCCCCGAGAUCCGCAUCAGCAAGACGGAGAGCUCCGAGUGCGUGCUGGACGACAGCCUCCUCGACGGCGUCCUGGACGGCGGCCCGGACAGCGUCCCGGACGACGAGGCGGCCAGCACGUCCAGGACCACGUCGGGGUCCGCGUGGUCGCAGGCGGCGGAGCCGCAGCGGCCGUCCAAGUCGGGGAGCUCGGACACCAUCGUGGCGGUCGAGGAUCUCGCAAACCCAACCAAAGACGCCGGCGUCUAGAUUCCACGCGCUCCGAACAGCACAUCGGACCAGCCACUUCUAACUGCCCACGGGUUAAAAUUUAAAAAGAUGUUGUCCGUUUGUAUUUAUAAACCACGGCACAUACACAAUGUCUCAACAAAAUGGAUUUAAUAAAAAAUAU